GGAAAGCAUAACUAACCGCUGGUUUUGAGCUAUCACUAAUAUCUAAAUUAAUUUAUGUGCCUCCUCUUUCCAAGCUCUACGGCGAAGUCUUUCUGGACUAGGAAAGAAUCAUGUAUUAAUGAUGCGACCACAUUCUCUCGCAAGACUGAAAGAGCUUCCAAAGCUUCACCUGCUCUACACACUUCCUUUUACAUAUCCGAUCACCUCUAGUAUACUUCUUAAGAAUCAACUCAAUCCAUCCACGGAAAAUAUCAGUAUCAGAAUUCAUGGCAGAUGCUUCCGACUUUGGGAAUCUCCCAACCAUGCCCCCGCCACCAGGAGUUACAUCUAAUUUUGUGAAUCCAGUGACCAGAUUGAAAGAAGCUAGUAUCUGUUUUGGACUGAUUUUGAGCGUUACUGCCAUCGUUGUUCUAUUGCGAUGUUAUGUCAAAGCGAGGUUGACAAAGGCUUGGGGAUGGGAUGAUUGUUAGUUAAAUUUCACCCACCAAACGCAAGUGAAUCUAGCUUACUGACGGGAAUACCUGGCAGUCUCCUGCAUCAUUGGAUUUGUAGAAAUCCUAGCUCAAACCACGAAUCCUUUCUAACUGUUUCCUCGCCAGGUAGCCAGCAUUGUUCGUGAUAGCUUGGUGGUUUCGCGUCCGUUAUUUCUGCUUCUUAAUUUAACAAUACGAAGCUAACAGCCCAUAGUUAUCGGUGUUCAUCUGGGAGUACACGGGUGGGAUGUGCAAAUCAAAACAGCCUAUAGAAAUGUAAUGAUGCAAGUAUGUGGACAUUGUUCUUAUGACAGCUUUUGAUGAUCAAGUUACUUGCUUACUAGUUCACCUCAUCCAGCGUACCUUAGGGGCACAAUGCAGUCAUAUCGUGGCCACCUUCUUCACAAAGCUGUCACUUUUUCUGCUUUACCUAGGCAUUUUUGAACCUAAUAUGAGAACUCGCUAUGCAAUAUACCUAGGUAUUCUCUUGUGUUUCAUCUUCUAUACCAUCAAUCUCGGCCUCGUUUGUGCUUAUUUAGUUCCUGGUCCUGGUCAGCCUAAGAUGAAGGCAAGCUGGGUGUGGGCAUCCGUGCACAAUUUGGCUGCCAUAAAAGUCCUUUCAUUUGCACAGGCAACUUUUGGGGUUCUGAGUGAUGUUUAUCUGUUUGUUUUACCAAUCCAAUCAAUUCUUCGAUUGCAUCUUCCCAUCAAAAGAAAGCUAGGGAUAGCCGCAGUCUUUCUGUGUGGGCUCCUGUAAGUUUAUGAACCUUGUCCGUGAAAUUCAAUCCCCGCUCCUCUUCAUUCAGCGUAAUAAUUUUGUGCUAAUUAUAAGCGUUUGCUCAGUGCCAUUGCUUGCUCAUUAGUUAGCCUCGUACUUCGUUACAGAAUACUCGGGACUGUGUAUGGUACUGAGGAUAGCUCCUGGACGAUAAUGCCGGUAUACAUGAUUUUAUCGGCCGAGGUUUGUGCUGGAAUAAUUUGCAGCAGCGCUCCUAUAUUAGUGGCACUUCUUCGCAGUGACAAAAGUCACUUGAAGAAAGUGCUUAGGUAUUUCUAUAUCCGCAGACUCAUUGGAUCAUCUAAGGAUAGUAGUGCGGUAGAAUUCGAAGAGCGUAGACUAAAGAACGAGAGUCGUGGGGUCGCCAAUGUUCAGAAUCGCAUGGCUGCUGAUGAAUGGGGUGCCAGCAAAGGCAUGAGAAAAGGAGUAGGGAAUAAAAUGAACGAAGAGUGGAUAGAGUUGGACGACGAAGAAAAUGAUCGCAUUAGAGUGUGA